UCUUCUUUACAUAUUGUGUAUUGUCGUAGCGAAAUUUUGUCGAUAUUCUUGGAUCGAAUAAAAAACUUCAAAAUCUUGGAUAUACAACGUGUAAUUUAAUUGUAUCACUUUAUGGGCAACGAGCCAAAAUAUCUGUACUGAAAAUGCAACAAAAUACAUAUUUUUAACUUCACAUACAUGCGCACUGUAAAGUGAAAUGAGUUUUCAAAUUGUAACCGAUUGUAACGUAGCGGAUUCGACAUGGAUCAUAUUAGCGAAGUUCCAUCGUCCUCACAAAAUGAUUCUGUCUACAAUACAGCUUCAAAUCUAAAAUAUCGGGAAAACAGUAUUUCAUCAGAGGAACAAUCAUUACUUGAACUCGUGCAGAAAGGAAUUACCGAUGAAACCAAUGAAAAUGUUGCAUUUCAGAAAGAAAUCUUACCCUUAUUAUCUAAAUUAAAAUUAGAACCAGAAUUUUUGUCUAAUGACAUUAAGGACGGGCUGCAGAAAGUAGUUUCAAUCUUAAAGUUCGAAAGAUUAUCUGACUUUGAUAAAACAGAUCUAAAAAUAGUUUGCGAAAGAAAGAAAGUGGAAGAAGCAAAAAGAGAGCGAGAAGAAAAACAGUUAGCAUUAUUGUAUGAUAACGUUUACAGAAAAUAUACUAAAUUUUCAAAGAAACUCAUGACUUUACAAGAAGCCGUGAAUGAUAUAGAAGAACUUGUACAAGAAGGUCUGAAGGAUGAAGAAGAAAGGCAUUGUAAACAAGUUUUUUUGACUACAAAGUUGAAGGACUAUAAACAAACUGUGGAGGAGUUGGAAGCUGAUGUAGCAGAAAUGCAAGUCGAAGAUCUUUAUCCUGAGAAAAUUUUAAAUAAAUAUAAUAAGUAUUUAGAAAUGACUGGCGAACUAGCAGAAAUCGAUCAAUGUCUUAGUCAGUAUAAAGAUUUACCGCCUAACUUAUUACAAGCGAAAGCAUUGCUCGAAGUUAAACGAAAGGAAUACGAAACAGUAGAAAAAGAGUUUUACGAGAGGACAACCAACUUUUAACACGUUCCUCAUACAAAUAAUCUAAUUUUUAUACAAUAAUAAACGAUAUUAUAUUUAUAUUUUU